GAGAAGCGGUCAUUUCUUACGACUUGACUAUGACAAGGCAGUCCAUUACCUUCAGACAACUGUGGCAACUAGCCAGCAGGUUUGCUCAUGUCCUGAAGUCGGCAGGUGUCCGCCAGGGGGAGUACGUGUUGGUCACCACACCACUGAGCAUUGAAUUCUGGGUAGCCAGCCUUGGGGUCAUCCUCACUGGUGCUGUGCACAUCAGUACAGAGAAGUUUUAUUCAGGAGGUGAAAUUAUUACUGAGGUAGUGAACAUGUCAAAGGCAAGGUACAUAGUUCUAUCUGGCGAUCAGGGAAGUGAAAUGUGGGAUAUGUUCAAAAAUGAUGCCAAACCUGUGGCCGGAUCUACCUUUGUGACAUCUGUCUGUUGUAGGUCAAUGCCUACCUUGGAGAAACUGGUGCUCACCAACAAAAGUUCUGAAAGCAAGGGAGCAAAUUUCCUUGAAGUGCUGGCCAGCUUAUCGGAAGAGUUCUGUAACCCUGACAUUCAGCCAGAAGACGGCGCUGCAGUUGUCCUCAGCAUUGACAAAGAUAAAGCCAAUCGCCCCAAAAUGUGCGAAAUUUCUCAUGCAGCUAUAGCUGCGUACUCCAAAGUUUUCUGGAAGAAGUUCCCGGAUGUAUUCAAAAACUACCUUUAUUUGCCUUGGUACAUUGUUGCUGCACUUCCUUUCGACACUUUGUCCGGAGUUACACGAGUGCUACCAGACUGCUACCGGACGGAGCCACAAGCCAUCUUUGAGUUGAGUUUAAAAAUAAAAGACGCUGAGCAGAUGAACUUGAUGAUAGUACCAGCACAGUUCAUUUUGUACGUGAUGGAAAGAAGAAAACAUCUUCCAGGACCAUAUGUGGAGUUUGUGUACACAGGCGGUCAACCUUUCACCUCAACAAUUGUGAAAAAGUGUGAAGGUUUUGCUAAGAAGAUGUACAUUGGAUAUGCAGGUUCUGAAAUUCUUGGUGCUACUCUUUUAGAAAUUCAAGAUUUUAAUUUAUACGAUGACUAUGAUGCUGGGUGUUUAUUACCAGAUGUACAGAUACAAAUUGUAGAUGAUAGUAUGAAAGAGGUACCCAGAGGACAGACGGGUCGUGUAUUAGUCAAAUCACCAACACUUUGUAAAGGCUACGUCGGUGACCCACUGAAAACUAAAUCAGCGUUCACACAAGACGGAUGGCUAUGUAUUGACGAUCUAGGACAAAUCAGAGAAGACGGUCGAAUUCUUAUUUUUGGCCGCGGUGGUGACGUCAUAUCAAGAGGGAUCGUUCUUAUUUACCCAGUCUGGAUAGAAGAGCCCCUCCUCGCGCAUCAAGACAUUGUGGAGGUCAAGGCCGUCCCCGUUCCCGACAGCCUCAACGUCAACAACGUCUGCGCAUGCGUGGUGAAGCGACCGAAAAGUACAUUAUCAGAAGAGGACGUUAAAGAAAUUGUGAACACUAUUUUGACACCAGGAGGGUCGGAUUAUAUUACUAUAGACCACGUCCUCUUCUUUGAGAAAGAGUUGCCCAAUGUCAGGCGUCUAGAACUAUCUCAGCUAGCUGCUAAAAUGUUAGGGAAAUGCUAAAUUUUCA